CCGCCUCCUCAGAUGACGCAUUUCCUCCAAGAUGGUUGUCGGUGCCUUUCCCAUAGCAAAACUGCUCUAUCUGGGCGUAAGACAAUUGAGCAAACCACUGGCUAACAGAAUAAAAGCAGGUGCACGCAGAAGUGAAUUCUUUAAGAGUUAUAUCUGCCUUCCGCCAGCACAAGCAUACCACUGGAUUGAGAUGAGAACAAAGAUGAGGAUCAUGGGUUUCAGAGGCUCUACCAUAAAGCCAUUGAAUGAAGAGGCAGCUGCAGAACUUGGAGCUGAGCUGCUCGGUGAAGCUAUAAUCUUCAUCGUUGGUGGAGGCUGCAUGGUGCUUGAAUAUAGCAGACAGGCUGCCAACUCCAGGCGAAAGGAAGAGGAGUUGACACAAAACAUUAACAAUCUUCAGACACAACUAGGAGAGCUUACACUAGCCACAGAAACACUGGAUGCCCAAAUCAGGGAGAUUAAUAGACUUUUGUUGUCUCUUCCAACAGCCAAUAGCAGCAAAUAACAAUAUGCAUCACUGAAAUAGCACUCUAGUCAAAGAGGUUGAAGAGACUGGUUUAUGGGGACAUCUAAGUCGUUGUUCAAGCAUUGCAAUAUACACAUGCAUAGUUAGUGUUGGCCCUGGAAUGCACACACAGAGCUCUAAGUCUGCCCACUGACAGAUAAUGCUUGUUUUGCUAAACCAUCCCUCCAGAUAGCUGGGUUAUAAAAAAUUCAAGAAUGAACCAUAGAGCUCUGUGUUGGUGUGUGGUAAGUGCCACCAGCAUAAUUAGAUGUGAAACCUUUAACUGUUUUGCUCAAAUGGGUGAGUUCAUUUAAAAAUGACUUGUUAUUUGAUAAUACUGUCCAGCUAUUUUCGAGUUUUCAUCAUUUAUUACAUUGCACAACAGAACCAAUUUAAACAUGAUUUCAUAUAAUUUCCCUCAUUUUUGUUUGGGUUGAAAGAAUCAUAGAUUACAAUGUAUGUGGUAUUAACAUAUUUGUGGCUUAAAAGUGAUUUGGUAAUUGAGCUUUGAAUUUCCUAAAUGCCAAAAGUGAUCUGAAAAUGCACUUGUUGUGAAUACUUGAAUGACACAUUCUAUAUAGCAAAUAUGGAUGUGUUACACAAUAUAGGAAACGGAGACCCUGUUUGUGCUGCGAGAAAAUUCAUAUUGCAGUGAAAGACUGGCAUGUGUAUACUGGUGUAUAUUUAUCAUUGUAAAAUAAAUUGAAAAUAUAGUGAUUGUUUUUUGAAUCUUGUAUUAAAAUUAUAAAAGAAAUUGA